UUUUUGUGGCCCUAGAAAAAUCAAAGAAUUUAGAUUCAUUCUAGUUUACCCAUGAAUUACUCCACUACACUACUAGUAGAUUCGAACAACCGGAAACAUAUGUUCUUAGUGCGCUCAGUUCGUUGAGACCAACUGCCCGAAAUACUUUUCAACCGUCCGGAGUGCUAACAACCAGAUUUUUGGCGCCAACCGACUUUUCCACCGAAAAAUAUCGUUAUUGAGUUGGAAAUUAAGAAAAAAUGCCGCCAAAGAAGGGUCUCAAACGGACUGCCUCAUCAGCAUCAAGCGAUGGAAAGCCCUCAAAGAACCCCAGAAAGAAAGAAGAGCUGAUUGUAAAACCAGACUUACGACAUGUGACCACUGCCGGAGUCGUCCUGGCUGUAGGUCAGAACGACGUGGGACAGUUGGGGUUAGGGGAAGAUAUUCCGGAGAAGACACGUCCAGCAGUCAUUCCACAUUGCAAUGAAAUCAUAGCUAUUGCUGCUGGGGGUAUGCACAAUGUUUGUUUGACGAAGGCAGGAAAAAUUCUGACAUUUGGAUGCAAUGAUGAGGGGGCCUUGGGUAGAGAUACGUCGGUGGAAGGAUCUGAGUGUGAGCCAGGACCUGUUGAUUUGGAUGGAAAGGUUGUGCAGGUAACGGCUGGGGAUUCUCACAGCGCUGCCCUGCUCGAUGAUGGACGAGUCUUCGCCUGGGGGUCGUUCCGGGACGCACAUGGAGCAAUGGGUUUGACAAUUCGUGGUAACGAACGCCUCCCAGUAGAAUUAUUACCAUCAAUAAAAAUAGCAAAAAUAGCAUCAGGUGCUGAUCACUUAGUCAUGUUAACUCAGAAUGGUCGUGUAUAUACAUGUGGUUGUGGUGAACAAGGACAACUGGGCCGUGUUGCAUCACGAACUGCAGAUAGGCACAAUCGUCAUGGGGUUGAGCACCUCUUAAAACCAGAUUUAGUUGAAUUCAAAGUGUCAAAGAAACUGGAAUUUGAGGAUAUCUGGGCAGGAUCGUACUGUACAUUCGCCAAGGAGCACAAGAGGGGAGAUAUCUACGUGUUUGGGUUGAAUAACUAUCAUCAGAUUGGCUUGGAGGACACUAUUCCCUACUUCCACCCAAAACUAUCAAAAGCCUUCCUUGGAAAUAAGUGGCAGCUCAUCAGUUCUGGAAUGCAUCACACAAUUGCUCUUGAUGAUAAUGGGGAAGUGUUUGUACUUGGACGUAAAGAGUAUGGGAGACUUGGACUUGGACCUGAUGCAACUGACGUCGAUGUCCUGACUAAAAUUGAUAAAUUUCAAACUGAGAAGAUUAUUGACGUUGCAGCCGGCAGUGCACAAUCUUUUGCUAUUACCAAUUCAGGCCAACUCUACGCAUGGGGAAUGGGAAGUAAUUCACAGUUAGGCACAGGGGAAGAAGACGAUGUUGACACUCCAGUUUUAAUAAAGAGUAAACAACUGGAGGGAAAGACGGUAGUGAGAGUCGCUGGAGGUGGACAGCACACCCUCGUCCUCGCAAAUAGUCGCCCAGUGAAGGAUAAAACCGCUGGUUAACACUUCCACCACCCUUUAAAUAAAAUCAAGAAGUGCCCCCAUGAACGUUUGUACUGAACGUUUCAUCGUUCGUAGGAACUAAUGGAUUUCAAUUGCAACGAGUGCUCUUGUUUAAGAAAGAUUGAUUUUGUAGUUUUUUUGUGAGUGGAGUUAUGUACACACGUUAAUUCUCAUCUUGUUAUGAAAUCAUUGGUUGGAUUACUGUGACACGAUAUUGAAAGAAACAAUUUUGAGUUAAUAAAUUUUCUACUUAAUUAUCAGUAGGAAUGACGUAAUUAUACCUAAUUGUAAGGUACUCGGUAAAAGGUAAUUCUUUCAUUUUGUGUUGAUCUUUGACUAUUUGUAACAGCAUUUGUUUUUCAUUAUUAUUGAAAUCAACUGAAUAACAAUUGAGAUAUUUUUCAAAUGA